AUGGCCAGCGAAUUCAAUGUCCUGAGCUCCUGUCGAUGCUGUUUAGAACAGCAAAAUGAAUACAUUAAUGUGUUCACCACGUUGGACGAGUUUCAAAAUGAUAUAAGUAAUUUGUUAUUGGAAUGCACCGGGAUGUUGAUUUUGGAACAUGAUCACUUCUCUAAAGAUAUUUGCGAAAUAUGUUUGAACGAUUUAUCCAAUGCUGCUCGUUUCCGAUUGCGGUGUCUCAAAACGGAAGACUUCCUCAAAGAAGUGCAGCAAACAAACUUCGAUAUAUCAAUGGGAGCAAACUCGGUAACAGCAGAUUUAAACAUUGAAGAGGCCACGUCUAGAGAUAGUUUCGAAUGUAAGGUGGAUCAAGAGUUGCAUAUCUCACCGACAUCACCAAAUCUCGUCCAACUGGAAGAGUCCAUCGAAGACUUCGAUGAAAAACCGGAUAUACUUAACGCAAACCUGACCGCAUCAAACAACACAUGUAAUUUUUGUGGUAAAUGCUUCGAAACUAGUGGGGAGCUUUAUAGCCACUACAAAAAACAGUGCAUUGAUGAAUUGUGUUCAGACAGUGAUACCCUAACUGCGGAAUCUAACGAAGAUAUUGAUGAAAAGCCAGAUAUUAUUAUGGUAAGCGCAGAUGAAUCAAUCAUCAAAUGCAGCGUUUGUGAUAAACGUUUCGAAGAUAAUGUCGCCCUCCGCAAACAUACUAAAAAUCAGUGUGGCAACGAUAAGCUUAUUGAAGCCGACGCUCUUUCAAAUGUAAAAUAUUCGCUCAAAUGCAGCGUUUGCAACGAAGAAGUCUCCAAUGUUAACCAACACGUACAAUUGCACUAUAAAGACUGCUCUAUUAUAACUUUAAAAUGCCAUUUAAACAACAACCAAAAAUUAUCUAAAACAUCCAACCAGCGUCGUCGCCGCCGCAAAGUACGCCGUUGUGUACGGCAGGCUAAAUGUCCCAAGUGUAAAAAGAGAUUCCGUCGUCGAUUCGAGUUGGCCAAGCACAUGAUCGACGAGCACAAUGAGGGGCUGUUCAAGUGUGAUUUGUGCGGUAAAAGCUACAUGUACAGGAGCAUCCUUGAAAGACACAAACUAACACACCCUGGCGGACUCGAUUGUGAGUUUUGUGAUCGGACAUUCCAAUCCAACACUAUUCUUGCCACUCACAGACGUCUUUAUUGUGAACAAAAACCGAAUCUGGGUGAUAUUUCUGAAAUCGCCAGCGAUGAUCACCCAAACGAUCCGGAGGCUAACCAUACAAGUAACACCUCUUUAAAAUGCGUAAUCUGCGACGAAGAGUUUCAAUCCAAUGCUUCGCUUAUACGGCACCGACGACGAUGCCAUAGUGUACAGAAGUUUUAUAAAUGUUCGGUUUGUGAUAAAGGGUUUAAUCAUCGCUUGUAUUUGGAACGGCACACGUGUGAAAAAUUUAUUAAUUCGAAUCAUAAAUUAAGACACAAUGGUAAACGACCGAAAAGUAAAGAUGCGCUACCAAAAGUCAGCAGUAUUUUGGAUGAUCAUUCGUAUCAUUUAGCGGGCCAGAAACAGCGUUAUAUUCCCGUAAAACCUUUCCAGUGUAAUCUUUGCGAAAAACGGUAUCGGACUGAGUACUUGCGUCAGAGACACGUCCAAACAAAGCACGAGCGAGCCAUAAAGUGUCCUACCUGCGGUAAGUCGAUUCCAUCGCAGAGCAAGUUGACGCUGCAUUUGCGGUCGCACACGGGUGAGCGACCUUUCAGCUGCAGUUAUUGCGAUAAGAGAUUCGCCUACAAAUUCGCGCUUACGAAACACGAAUGCAUUCACACGGGAAGACGACCGCAUCGUUGCGAAACGUGCGGCAAAGGAUUUAUUACCAUGGAUAGUUUCCGAAUACAUCAGUACGGUCACACGCACCAGUGGCCCUUCAAAUGUGAUAUUUGCGGGAAAGGCUUUCAUCUAAAGAGUUAUUUGCUGAAACAUAUGCCUGUGCAUGGUGGUAACAUGAUAGUUCAAGUACUAAAGUGA